AUGCUAUUCAACGCUACGAUCGUUUCUUUCAGCUCGCGCUCCCGAGUUGGCACGUCCAGCUCGAGCACUCAGAGCAGCUCCGAAAAGGAGCCACAGACUAGCUCUUCUGUUUGGAGCUCUCUCGAGUUGUCAACCCUCGAAUCCACAUCAACCCAAACUAUCGUUUCUACAUCGGCAAGUAUUACCGCAGUCGAACCAAGCGCGACCAUGCUCACUAGCAGCGACGAUAGCAUAACAACAACCACAUCGGACACCAGUCUGCCAGCCGCAACCUCGUCGUUGCCGUCGAGCAGCGUGCCUGCGGGAAAGACCGCGGUUGUCUACACGCGCAGCUAUGUCUUCACCGCGUCGAGCACGACGUUCGGCACGAAGUUGCCGAUGACCACUGUAAUGGCAACCAAGAAAGCAGCAACGUUCUCGGCUCCAACAGCCGCGGUGACUACAGACCUCUCCUUCUAUCAGAAUUGGCUGAGUGGCACGCUAGGGUCAACGAGCUCAUCAUCAAGCGGUUCACUGUCCAAAACACAUCGCAACACUAUUAUCGGCAGUGUCGUAGGCAGUGUCUGUGGGUUCCUCCUAGUCUUAGGGUUUCUAUGGUUCGUGUUGUGCCGUCGACGGAAGAACAGGGCCUCGCAGAGCCGAAGUUUCAGCCAUGAGAUUGGCACGCGGCUCGAUUACCCAGUAGCGCCACCCAGGCCAAGUCAAACACAAGUGCCCGAAGACGACGAGGCCUUCCUCAAAAGCAAAUACAAGUCGCUGGGCCGGAAGCUGCCUCUUUGGCACAAGUCCGAAUCCCAUCCUACUAGAGGCGGCACCGCAGAGGCCGAGUCAGCUCAAGGAGAACCCAAAGGCAACCCAUUCCAAGACGAGUUCGACUUCCAGAGAAGACUUUCGCGGCCGCCUGCCCCUCCUCCUGUGCCCCCCAGAGAUGUUCCCAACCUUUCUCACUUCGCUGACGACAGCGACGCGAGCUCGUCCUCUUCGGAGAACUCGGUUAACGAUUCAUCGUCUUCAAUACAACUAACAAGACCAGCGCGCGCCGCUAGGAGCACACAAAGUUUUCUACAUGAAGUUCUUUGA